CCACGAACGAAAAUGACAAUUAGCGUGAUUCCAUUUAAUUUGAGUCUUGAGCGUAGGAGGCACUUUCUUGGUUUACCCAUAACGAAUAAGUUGGAAGUGUAAUAACAACAGCCUUGAGAUCGUUGAAUCAUCGUUUGGAGCUGCUUGAAUGUGGAAUUAGAUUUCCUUUCGUUUUAAUAUCGUCGUCAACAUGGAAAAUAUGAAAUUGUGUUUGUGCUUCUUGAGUUUUCUCCUUGCUUUGGAUUUAUGUUCAUCGGAGCUAACAUUCAAAUACCUGACCCUCUACAACAAAGAAGGUAGACUCAUGAAGAAAGAAGAUAUACAAAAAGACAGCGUCAACGUUUUGAAACCCAUAACAGUAGUCAUUAACGGUCUAAGCAGUGUCGACAACGCUUGGGUCAAUGCUCUUGUUGAUGAAUACUUGGAAAAACAGGUUCAUAACGUCUUCCUGCUAGAUCUGGAAGACCAUGAAGAGGUUAUGAAGAACGACACUAUUAUGUCUGAACAAAUCACUGAUUUUAUCGGUGAGAUCUAUAAUAAGACUGGUGAGGAGUAUCUGCAUUGGCAUAUCAUUGGAAUAUCCAGUUCUGGAUUCUACACGGCUAUAGAUGUUGGUAGAAAAAUGUUCAAUAACUACAGAAAGGUCGACAGAAUAACUGGCAUAGACCCAACCUACCACCUUAUCGAGAUCAGAGAAGACCUCUUCGUCGACCACGACGAUGCUGCCAACCUUGUAGACGUCGUUCACUCAAACACUCACAAAUUCAAGGGGGAACUGAAAAGCUACGGCCACGUGGAUUUUUACAUUGUGGAUAUAAACUGCAGAGGAAAAGAUGACUUGGAAUGUGGAAGACUCAACGCUAUCAAGAUGUUCAAGAGAUCGGUCAAUUCUUUGAAUUUGACGGCUGUCAAAUGCUUGUCUUUGGAGGAGUUUGAGACUGAGAAAUGCGCUGGAAAUAACAGAGUGCUGUUUGGGGAGAACAUGCCUAAUAAUGCAGAUGGCGUGUAUAUGUUGAAGAACGAGUGAAAUAUCGAAUAUUUUUUGAUAUGUUAUUUAUAUUUUUUAUGUUUUAGUAAUAGAUAAUAUUCAAUAUCA